AAACAUUUUGCAAACUGUCAACAGGCAACAUCACGAGUCACCAAGUUUCCUAUGUUGAUGCAGUUCGUAAUCUUCGAGUUUGUUUGACUCAUCAGUCAGCUCUUUAAGGAUUUCUACCCCCACUGCUUAGAAAAGCCAACACAUUGCAUAAGGACUGAAUUUCCCGGGAUGCUGUCUCGUCUUUCAUUCAACGUUUGAUCUAAGUCCAAUGUUUAUAUUCUGGGCUGCAAGUUUUAUUACUUCAAGAUGUUGUUUCUUCAAACACGUCAGCAAUAUGGCUAACGUGCCAGAAAUGUCGUUUAUUACCCAUCGAUAUCUUCUAAGAAAUAUACGUGAAUACAUGUUAGUUAUAAGUUAAAGGAUUUAAUUGAGAAUAACUGUUUUUGGGUUUUCUUGGUUUUUAAUAAAGCCAAAUAUUGGUUGAGAAAUUCCUAAUGAAACCUAGAGAGCUCAUAUUCCAUCAUGUUGAUUCAAAGCUCAAAGCAAUGCAGCAGUACGUCAAAAUAUCAGGUCAAGUCAAAAUGUCCGCUCUAUGCACUGCACAUCAACGACCUUCCAGACGAGGUCCUGGUGCGCAUCUUCAGUUUCCUCCGACCCGUGGAAGAUGAUCUUCCCGCUCUAGCCAUGGUGUGUCGGAAGUGGCGCCGAAUACUGCAGACGACCAGUCAGCUGUGGCGCGACCUACACAUCAACCCUUCUGUUUAUCAAUACUACCAUUUCAGCAUGGUUUGCUGUAUAUUUCGGGUGUACGGGUUCCAUGUGCACCGCCUGACGUGGUAUAAGAACUCUCCAGUUUACGAAAGCAUGUUCGCCCUGAUUCCAAGGUUGUACAACUUACGCUACCUCCGCUUGCCGAUUCUCUGGACCAGGGUUGUGGUGGAAAGUCUCCAGACGCUCAGCCAGCUGGAACACAUCCAAAUCAACGGCGGCUUCUCCCUAACGGACGAGGACCUCGAGCUCAUCGCAGAAUCCUUCCCCAAGUUGAAGGACGUCUCGCUCAACGCCUGCUGGAGGGUGACAGCCGCCGGCGUGGACGACUUUCUGUCGUCUCUGGAACAUUUGGAAACGUUUAAACUUAAAAUCAACUCAGGGCUUCCUCUCCAUGACGUGAGGAGCGAGCAGGCUAUGAGGGAGGGUGGACACAUCGCCCACACUGUGUCAGAGACGUUGCACUCCCACUGCCUGAGUGUCUUGUGCCUUCAUUUCGUGCCUAUUGAGAUGGAUGAGCUAUGGACUGUGGUCAAAAGACUGACCAGCCUUAAGAAACUGAGCAUCAGUAAUUGUGAGCACCUCCACGGCAUCCGUCUGGUGUCUGAGUCACUGCAGAAGUUCUACCUCUUCAACCUCUGGAACGUCCUGUUUGUCAGCGUGGACGCCCCAGAUCUGCGCCACAUCACCGUGGACACUGGCAUGGAGUCUGUGGAGCAUCUGGAGCUCUUCGCCCCGAAGCUCCGUCGAGCGUGCAUCAAUGGCAGCAACGUCCUGAGGUCUAUCAACAUUAAGAGUGAAAAACUCUGCUUUUUGGAACUUUCGAAUUGCGAGGUGCUGGACAUGAGGAACUUGAGGGAGCAGUUGAAGAGGAACUCGAGCUUGAUGUGCUUCAGACUUGGCUGUGUGAGCCAGGACAGCCUUCUGUUGGACGAGGACAUCAUACCAAACUUACAGGAAUUUUGUAUGCUCGGGGAUUUUGCUUGCGAGGCUGUUCACCUGAGGAGUCCAAGUCUUCGCUUGUUCCACACGGACGCUGACAACGACAUCAUCACUCUCAACCACAUCUACGUCACAGCAAACCACAUGUGUAAAGUGGCACUCAUUGGGAUACCGGCGCUAAAAACAAUCACGAUACAGUGUGUUAGUGUUGACGCCAUUGAACUCAAUCUCUGUAGUGACGACCAGCUUCAAUUGGACUCGUGCAUUAUUCAAGCUCUCAGCUCUAUUGGCUUUCUCCGACUGUUUGAUUGUAAGGUCAAUCUGUUAUCACUGUCCACUCCAUUGGCUAGAACUGUGGUUCUGUACCGGUGUCACGUGUCAGACUAUGCUCUCCAGAUGGCGCUUCACGGCUGCCCAAACAUCAGUCACCUGAACCUGGAGAAAUGCAGAACUAUAACCAAGGUUUCUCUGGAAGCUCAACCACUGAAGUUUUUGAACAUGUUCGGAUGUCGAGACAUCCACAGGCUUCAGCUCGACUGCCCGCAACUGCUGGCUAUCAAUCUAGGACAAUGUCCCAACGUCCGUCUGUACUUAGCCGGAGUGGAGCAGGACAUCAAUGCCGUCUGCAAUUCAUCCAUCCAGGUGGUGAAACCUUGUGAAAAUAUACGCUGGACCCACGACUACCCCCCUCAACUUUAUGUCUGUGGAUGAUUUUCAUUAACUCUUUCUCUCCUAACUGACGAUACCAGCGUUGAUUCCACCAGAAUGUGGUGAAUAAUUACGGAGAGAAAGAGUUAAAGAAUUUUCCUUUAUUGUUUGUGUAAUAUACAAGUGUUAAAUAGAAGACUAGAGUAUAAUAGUUCUUUUCUAAAAAAAAUAUGGAAUAAAUAUAGGUCCCUACAUAUAUAUACAUGUAUCAAAUCUUGUCUAUUAAUUCUUUAAUGAAAAAGUUGUACACAUACACAAUUGUCAUACCUUCUAAUUCAUUGAUUAUUUUUUUACCCUCUUGUAUUCUAAUACUUUAAUUAUAUUUCAGCUCUCUUUUAAUAAAAUGACUCUAUUACUGCUCUCUUCUAAUAAAAUGACUCUAUUACUCUAUUCCAGCUCUAGACUUUCUAAACUAAGGACAUAAUGCUUUAUUAAGUACACAAGCAGAAAAAAGUUUUUCACCUAAUUUAUAAUGACAGCAGAUGUACCAAUUUUUUUUUCCAGUUAAUUUCUCUAUUAACCGAAGUAUUAUUUUUCAAAAUGUUUGUAUACUUUAAUCUUUUUUUGAGUCAUCAGGGAAUUUCUUUUCUUUUCUUUUGAUAUUUACAUUGAAUUUACUAACAGCAAAUAUUUGAGUUUGUUCUAUAAAUAUUUGUCUUCUUUGGGAAAUCUAGCAGCUUCAUACUAAGUUUCAAUGUAAUAGUCUCGGGACCCUGGUUCGAAAUCUGCCUCCCACCAUCCUCCGCUGUCCUGCGGGAGGUUUUGGGCUUGCAUGUUAAAAUCUUCAAUUCCAAGGGCAGAUUAGCCAUAUGCCUUUUUCUUUAUUUAGUCAUCGUAUUUUUGUUUCAUCAGAAGUUGUAUUUAUUUAGGUGUACAUUUUUGUGAAUAGAACUUUGUUUAUUAUUUCCACGACUGCAGACUGUCUCACAACGUUUGGCUUGUUCAGAGACGGUCUCAGGGCUUUGUAUACACUUUCGCACUUUUUUCUUAUUAAAUAACAUUGUCUUUAGUGUAUAGACUUCUUUCCUUAAACGCCACUGUAUGUUUAAAUUCUAUGUUUAUUACAAACGCUAUUUCGGGGAUAUGUAAUGAUCGCUAUAAAGGCUACAGGAUAUUUUUUUAUAUUCUUAAUGUUUUUUACGAUGUCGCUUGUUCUGGCUCAGUUCUAUUGAGAAGUGCUCCAACAGUUUACUGCUAGAUCAAUAGUAAACAUUCUUUCUGGAUGACCAUAAACUUAAAGUCUAAAAUAUAGCACUGAGUCUCAAUUUAUUGAUUCACGUUAUUCUCUUGUUGUUCCCUUUCACAAUAUUGUAUAUCAGUGUUUCCCAAACUGUGUUCUGCGGAUCCCUAGUGUUCCCCGAUGCCUGAAUAGGUGUUCCACGAACUGUUGGAAUAAUUAACUAGUAGGCCAACACAUGAAUUAAUCUCUUUAAGAAAAAUAAGCAAAGUGUUCCGCUAAAUACUCACGAUGUGCGAAGUGUUCCAUUACGGAUAAAGUUUGGGGAACACUGUUGUACAUUAUUAUCAUCUGUGCAAAGCUUCAAGAUUAAAACUAAUUCUAGUUGGAGCUGGUAAAUGUUGACGCAACUGACCUGCCCAUACAAUUAUUGUCUAACCUUCAGGUUUAUUCUCACAAUUAUCUUGUGACAGUCAGACUACUGCACUAAGGUGCUUUGUCAUUUUGGUAUUAUGCAACUGCUAGUGCUGUAGACAUGACAUACAACAAUAAAUUGAGUGUCAAUAUUCUUACUCUGUUUUACAUCAUGUAUUUCAAGGGCGUGUAUUUAGUGUGCCUUUUGAUUGGUAGCUAGUUGACACACGUGACGAUGAAUGUGUUGUAAGUAAUAUAAGUACACAGUAUGACUUAAAGAUUUUAAUCAAGACUGUCUUCUGCUGAUAUGUGUGUUACACAGUGUCUACAUCUUAAUUACGUAAUUACAAUUCUGCACGUUGAUUUGUAUGUUGUAUGUUGUAGACCUGAAUGUUGAGCCACUGGUGUAUUUAUUUGGCAAGUGAAAUACUAAUGGUGUUUUGUGCGCUAAUCGAUCUAUUUAUGGAACAUAAAUGUUUGUGUCAAGUGAUGUUAGCUUUAAGUGGACUUAAAAAAAAAAACAUCUUAUGUUUGAACUAUAGACUGAAAGCUUUACAGAGAAUUAAUUAUGUAAAUUAAGCUUAAAUUAUACGAUGAUAAUAUGUACUUGUUAAUGGACUAUUGUUUUUGUUGCUUGUAUAUUUGUAUACACAAAUGAUGCUGUAAUUUUGUUACGUUGUUACAACCGCUGUCAAGCAAUGCACAAUUCAUUCUGUUUAUGUACCGCAGUUCGUAAUGUAUUUGUUGCGUACUCUUGGAUUUUAUCAUUUAAAAACAUAAAGUUGUGAUGAUAAGAGAUGUUAGUGUUACGUUCAUUUUUAAAUCUAUUAAAUGGAAUGUUCAAGUCUUUAAAA